AUGCAUGCACAGUGGAUCAGAAUCUCUCUCUCCGUCUCUCUCUCGCUCUCUCGUUUUCCCAAUCUUUCAACGCUCCUCCUCGUAAUCUGCGCUCGCUCGCUCGCGCGUACAGAGACACAAUCUUGCCCAACAUUUCCAAUCUCAAGUAGGGUGUCGAGGCCAAGGAUUCCUCCAAAUGCAUGUACGCUGUCCCUUCGUGUUCCCCGUCUCUUGCUGAUGCCCCAACGUCAUCACGACCAUCUCCCCCCGCGCCUGUCGUCUCCGUCCAAGCAAUCAAGCCAAUCAGCCGUCCGCAGAAAAGACCGCCAUGGAGCUGGCAGGUAG